AUGCUUCGGACUCCCGAGCCGCGGCCCGGGAAGGCGGGGGCAGCUAGCUGCAGCCCCCGGGCCGCGCCGCCCACCCAGUCCAAGCCGCUCACCUCCUUCCUCAUCCAGGACAUCCUGCGGGAAGGCGCUGAUCGGCGCGGAGGUCACGCGGGCAGCCCGCAGCCCCCGCCGCAGCCCCCGCGCCAGCCUGACCGGAGGCGAGACCCUGAGCCGGAGCCCGAGGGAGGAAGAGGAGGCGCCGGGGCGCCGGAGGACCAGCCGAGAGCCCGGCCCCGCGAGGCAGAGCAGCCGGCGGAGACCGAGCCAGAUAGGCACUUUGAGACUUAUCUGUUGGACUGUGAAAACACUCGGGAAGCUUUACCGAGCCUGCCCCCAGCCCCCAAGCAGCCACAGAAGCGCUCCCGGGCCGCCUUCUCACACAAUCAGGUCGUUGAGUUGGAGAGGAAGUUCAGUCACCAGAAGUAUCUGUCAGCUCCCGAAAGGGCUCACCUGGCCAAGAACCUCAAGCUCACGGAGACCCAGGUGAAAAUAUGGUUCCAGAACAGACGCUAUAAGACCAAGCGGAAGCAGCUCGCCUCAGACCUGGGAGACCUGGAGAAGCAUCCUUCCUUGCCAGCUCUGAAAGAGGAGGGCUUCUCGCGGGGCUCCCUCAUCUCCACGCAUAACACCUACCCUUACUACCCCUACCUUUACUGCUUGGCAGGCUGGAGCCCAGCUUUCUGGUAA